AUGAUGUAUAUCUCAGGUCUUCAUCUCUCAACUACCCUCCUCCUCCUCAUUCCUUUUAUAAAUUUCACAAUUGCCACACUACCCCCAUUACACUACACAAUCACUCGCCGGGGCGGCUCAUUUCCCGCUCCUGAUACUGCCAAUCUCACCUUUCUUCAAUCCACACUCGCAGAUAUAAAUGCCAGAUUCACAAAUUCCGAAAGAAUAUUGAAAGGGAAUAAAGUCGUCAGAGUGCCCAAAAGAUGGCACGAUGGCCAAACCACCAAUACCACGAAUUCAAAACCCCGAUCUGGAACGCAUCUUCAACCAGGAACUACUCUUCUCGGCGAAUUUGGGAAUUUUGGAUCUUGGUUUACGCCAUUGAAAAUUGGCGAGCCUUUCCAGAAUGUGGAUCUUGAUCUCAAUAUGUUGACGGCGGAUUUUGCGAUUAUUAGUACGCCAAGUGGGAAGGGAAGUUUUUAUCUCGAGGAGAGAAGUGGGACGUAUAGUGUUAGUAAUGAUAAUGAAAAGGGAAAGGGGAUGAAUUUUCCGGGUUGUAGGUGUGGGAAGGAUGUUGUGGGAUUACCAUUGGGGUUUGAUAUGCUUGCUGGCAUAAAAGGGGAGAGAUAUAUACCGGUUAAUUUUGCACAUUGUAGACCACAGAAACAAUGGCUUGGUAGUCUGGGGAAUAGCGGUGCAAGUCUAGGGUUGGCAGUUGGAGAAGGUUUGGGACAAGUUGGGGGUUGGAAAGGAGGAUUGCUGGGGCAGAUUGUUAAAAGUGGUGUUGUUGAUACUGAGGUCUGGAGCUUGAUGCUGAUUAAUGGCCAUGAAGGGGUGUUUAGUGUGGGAGGAUCUUCGGUCAAAGUGAUUAGAGAGGUCGAAAAAUUGAUCGAGAAGGAGUUGGAGAAACUCAAGGUAGGCGAGGGAGGUGAAUUCCAACCUCAAAAUGAUGAAUUGAAGAGGGAUAUAGAUGACCUGCAAUCUGGAAACGAUGAACUCAGAAAUAUGAACGGCUUAGUACUACAAUCCGAACGCGAUGAGUUGAAAGGAAACUCAGAGAUAGGAUUGAUGAAGAGAGAUGACUUUUCAUCGGGUAACAAUGAUUUGACUUGGAAAUCGAAUGAUGAAAGUGUCUGGGAAUGGAGUGAAGUUCGAGGUGCAGAUGGAUGGUGGGAAAUUCUCAUGAAAGGAAUCUGGGUUGAUGGAAAUAAAGUUAUUCAGAACCAGCCGAUAGUAUUGGAUGUCAAUACUCCCUACAUAAUCGGUCCACCACAUCAAGUCCGCAAUCUAUACUCUUCUAUAUCCGGCUCUCGUCAACUUCCACUACCUUAUGAUCAGUUCCAUGCCUACCCGUGUUUCAACCCACCUCAAUUACUUCUCGAGUUUGGCAAUUUGAGAGUCAAGGUAUUGGAUGGCAAGAGGGACGAAGGGGGUUUUACACCCGGAGGAAGAUUUAGUUUGGGGAGGAUGGAGAGAGGCAGUGGGUAUUGUGUGGGAAUUGUAGUAGAAGGCAGGUUUGGUAAUAUGGAUGGCUCAAGUGGAGUAGCUGAAAACAAUGGUGUGGAUGGGAAUGGAAUGGAAGAUAUGUGGAUUUUCGGAGAACCUUUGUUCAGAGAUUUACAGGUCGCUUUCGAUUGGAAAGAGAAGAGAGUUGGCAUGCAACGACUUUGAGUCUUAUUUUGACAAUCGCAAUGCUAUCUGAUCCUCAUCAAGUUCCAAACAACGUUAAUCUCGAUUAACAUGUUUAUUCAAGAUGUUUUCUUCAUUCGGGAUGAACUGUAUAUUUACUUUAUAUCAAGCAGUAG